UCUUGCUGGGAGCUGGAUCGCUGCCAUCAAUCUCCUUCAGAAUCACAGACGAGCGGCCGGGAAUGGCAAAGCCGAACUAGACAGAUCACAAACUUAUUAAAUUGCAGUGCACACUUGAGAGGAAGGGGAGAGAGAAGGAGAGAGAGAGUGUGUGUUUGUGUGUGUGUUAGUCGGCAGCCGGGAACAGACAUCUUUGAAAUCGGGAGGAUCGUUAAAACUGGCACCGCUGUGGAUUUUAACAACAGGGAUUUUAGGCAGAAUUUCUCACAAGUUCCCUGUUUGGUUGAAAGGAUUUUGGGGAGAUCGUUGGAUCUGGAUUGCUUGUACGUACAGGCAGUGGGGAGCCCCCUUGUGUUUUUGCACCCCAUGGAUUGGAACACUUGGUGACUUGCGCGGCUGUGGAGUGGUGACUUAGAGCGAUGGUAACGGCGUACGAGGGACUUAAAGGAUGCAGCUGCCCAAAUCUGGACAGUCUUGAGGAAUGAUGUACAGGUGGUAACCAUAUGUGAGGCAAAUGUACUUAAUCACGAACAGGAGCUGUUUUAUUCACAGUCACACCACCAGUACCACCACCAGCAAAGAAGAGACAGCAGCCUGUCGGAGGCAGACAUCCAAGAUAUCUUUGUGGGUGAUGGAUAAGUAAUGAGGAAGAACUUGGACAUUUGUCAGCAUAACUGUCCAGAGUGAAGGAAGAGCUCUUACCUGGAAUAUGUCGGGAUCCACUCAACCCAUGUCACAGAGCCGACAGCUGGCGGAGACAUGUUUUCCCUCUCAAGCCUCAUCCUAUGGUGUUCAGGUAGCAAGGUCACACACGAGUGCAGGUCUGAUGGAUUACCCAAAUCAUUCCAGAAACUUCAACUCCCACUUAGGCCAUGGAACUGGGAUGCAGGGUCACAGGAGACGUCCAUCACUGCUGUCAGAAUUCCAGCCGGGAAAUGAAAGGUUACAAGAACAGCAUGCACGUUAUGAUCAACAUUCCUUUUUAUCUGAAUUAAACAAAAGGUCUGAAGCGGAUUACUCAGAGUCAAAGAGACCAAGACUGGAUUUAUUACAUGGACCUGUGAUGCUUCACUCACCAUUGUUAACCCACAACCGACAGGGUGGAAAAGACAACAAUGAAAAGGAACAUUUGGUAGGUAGCAAGAUUGAGCCAGUUUCACCUGUGAGUCCAGCGCAGCAGGAAGGGGAAACAGAUGUCUUACCAUCAAGACUUUCUAAGGAGGAGCUUAUUCAGAACAUGGAACGUGUGGAUCGAGAAAUUACAAUGGUAGAACAGCAGAUCAGAAAACUCAAGAACAAGCAGCAACAACUAGAGCAGGAAGCAGCCAAACCACCUGAGCCAGAAAAGUCAAUGUCACCUGCACCAAGCGAAUCCAAGCAUCGCAGUCUGGUCCAGAUAAUCUAUGACGAAAACAGGAAAAAAGCAGAAGCAGCCCAUAAGAUACUGGAAGGCCUUGGUCCCCAACUAGAGCUGCCUUUAUACAACCAGCCAUCAGACACCAAACAGUACCAUGAAAACAUUAAAAUAAACCAGGGAAUGCGUAAGAAGUUAAUUUUAUAUUUCAAGAGAAGAAACCAUGCUCGUAAACAGUGGGAACAAAAGUUUUGUCAGCGCUAUGACCAGCUGAUGGAAGCCUGGGAAAAGAAAGUGGAACGUAUAGAGAAUAACCCACGUCGACGUGCCAAAGAGAGCAAAGUACGAGAGUACUACGAGAAACAGUUUCCAGAGAUCCGCAAACAGAGAGAACUCCAAGAGAGGAUGCAGAGCAGGGUAGGACAGAGGUCCAACAGUCUUUCCAUCUCCACAGCUAGAAGUGAGCAUGAAAUGUCGGAAAUUAUUGACGGACUUUCUGAGCAGGAGAACUUGGAGAAGCAGAUGCGUCAGUUAGCAGUUAUUCCACCCAUGUUGUAUGAUGCUGAACAACAGAGAAUCAAGUUCAUUAACAUGAAUGGGCUGAUGGCUGAUCCUAUGAAGGUGUACAAGGAACGCCAGGUUAUGAACAUGUGGAGCGACCAGGAGAAGGAGAUCUUCAGGGAUAAGUUCAUGCAGCACCCGAAGAACUUUGGUUUGAUUGCCUCAUGCUUGGAAAGAAAGACUGUAUCAGAUAGUGUCCUCUAUUACUAUAUGAGCAAGAAGAAUGAACACUACAAAAACUUGAUGAGGAGGAAUUACCGUCGGCGAGGAAAGAACCAGCAACAACAGCAGAUGACCCGUUGCAGUCAGGAAGACAAGGAUGAAAAAGAAAAGGAAAAAGAGCUCGAGAAAGAAGAAGAAAAACCAGAGCUAGAAAACGAGAAAGAUGAGGCCGUCAAGGAGAAAAAUGGAGAUACAUCUGGAGAAGAAAAUGAUGACAAAGAACAUGUGACAGCAAAGGGCCGCAAAACAGCUAACAGUCAGGGUAGACGCAAGGGCCGUAUCACUCGCUCCAUGGCAAAUGAGGCAAAUGGUGAAGAGCAGAGAGACUCCCCUCCAAAUACUGAGCAGUCAACCAGUUUGGAAAUGAAUGAGAGCUCUCGCUGGACAGAAGAAGAGAUGGACACAGCCAAAAAAGCUCUUCUUGAACAUGGGAGAAACUGGUCAGCCAUUUCAAAGAUGGUGGGCUCCAAGACAGUUUCACAGUGCAAGAACUUUUACUUCAACUACAAGAAGAGGCAGCACCUGGAUGAGAUCUUGCAGCAGCACAAAGUGAAAAUGGAAAAAGAAAGAAAUGCAAAGAGAAAAAGGAAAGUAAAUGCAGCCCAGUACGACGAUGCUACCAUUACCUCUGCCCCCGAGGAUGAUGAAAUGGAGGGUUCUGGUGUCAGUGGCAAUGAAGAGGAGGAAGAGUUGCCAGAAGAUGUGGAAGGUGCAGUUAAUAACAGUUCUGAUACAGAAAGUGCACCUUCUCCAAAACGUAGUGAAAACAAGACCAAAUCUGGUGAAUUGGAGAUGCCAAAGUUAAAACAAGAAGAAGCUGUAGGUGAGAACAGUGUUGCUUCAUGUAAUGGCUCUGAUACUGCUACAGCGCAGCAGCACGAGGGGCCUAAGGACAACGUCAAAACUGAUGAAACCCCUCCAGACGAGGUUAAUGAAGCUAGUGUGAAAUUGGAGGGCGAAGUUAAAACGUCAUGUGAAGACAUGAAUGCAGAGGAAGAAAAGGAGGAGUUACCAGAAGACUCUAAGAAGGGGCUGGUAGACUCAAAGCAUGAUGGGACACUUCCUGAAAGUAACAGUUCUGAAAAUGCAGGAGGAUGUGCAGAGCAAGAAACACUACGGACACCUAAAAAGGAGAAUCAUCAGGCUGACAGUAAUUUAGGGCACAGUGACUCAAGCGCUACCUGCAGUGCAGAUGAAAUGGAGGACACAGUAGAAAAACACAGGAUUAUUUCUCCUCGUCCCAGUCUCCUUAACACUACUCAGGAUGGAACAGUGAACAUUGUGCAGAAGCCGCUUGACCUGAAACAAAUGAAACAACGAGCUGCUUGUAUCCCACCUAUGCCACAGGCCUUUCCAGAUGUGUGGACUACAAAUGCUAAGCCUCAGCUCCCAUACCAUGCCUUGGAGUUGUAUGAGCAGCAAAUAAGAAUGGCCCAUGGUUCAGCCCAUGAUGCAAAAGAACUGUUAAAGCAACAGGAGCAGGAACCAAUGACCGAUGAAAAAGAAUGUCCAGAAACCACUAGUCCUGGUGCCAUGUUGAAAAACCUAUCCGCAAACCAAGAUGAUAAACCACAAGCCAUGUCUCCAGUUGCAGAUGGAAAAAAAGAAAGCAUCGAACAGGACAUGAAACCCUGUAUGUCACCCUGGUCAACACCUUCCCCAUUUCAUGUGUCAACUAAGGACAUGAUUAAAGGGUUCCCACAGGCAGAAUCUCACAUGUACCUGUUUCCUGCAGCAGGUCAUCAAAUCCCAGUACAUUUUCAGGAAAGAUCUACCCCUGACCGAACAUUGCAGACACCUCAUAUACCUAAUCCUCCACCUCUCAUUUCAUCAGCCAAGCCACCAUCUUUGUUAGAAAGGCCAAGUGGCUCCAUAACACAGGGAGCUCCUGUGCAUAUUCAGUCACCUUACAGCUCAGAACACCUAAAAGUUCCUACCGGUUCCAUUACACUGGGCCUUCCAAUGCUGGAUUCAAAAAAGUCAUUGCCUCUAUAUGCUGUAAAGCAGGAGCAGCUGUCCCCAAGAAACCAAAUGAACCAUCCUGAAGGUUUACUGGUACCAUUUCCUCAAGAUGGCACCACCAUUAAAGAUUCACUCAGUCAAGGAGGAAGCAUCAGCAAAGGAACCCCCAAUACCAGAGUUCCUCCAGAAACGCACAUUAAUUACAGAGGUUCCAUUACUCACGGAACCCCAGCAGAUGUUCUGUACAAAGGAACAAUUACCAGGAUAGUGCGUGAAGACAGCCCUAACAGGACAGAUAAGGGAAGAGAAGAACCACUGCCAAAAGGGCAUGUCAUAUAUGAGGGGAAGAAUGGCCAUAUUCUGUCAUAUGAUGGUACAAGUAAUGCCCAGAAUUCCAGAGAAGAAAGCAGGACCUCUGCACCACCACAUGAGUCCAGUGGCAUGAAGCGUACCUACGAUAUGAUGGAAGGAGGCAUUACCCGUGGGUUACCAGUACGAGACCAGCUGUCUGGCAAUUAUGAAGGUUUAAUGGGCCGUACUAUCCCACAGGACAGACAUAGUCCCCAAAAUGUAAAGGAACAGCAUCACAUUCGGGGCUCCAUUACACAAGGAAUACCUCGUUCGUAUGUGGAAGCUUCCGAAGAGUACCUCAGGAGGGAUGUUAAACAGAUGAAACAGGAGAACACACCUCCUCGAGGCCUUCAGGAACCCUUCAGAACACGAUCUCAUGAAGGAAUGCAGUCCAUAAAGGUACCAGCAACAGCAGCCGCUCAUGAAGGCCUGGUUAACAUUGUGAAAGAAGGAGGCCCAUCAAUCCACGAAAUCCCAAAGAAUGAGUCACGCCAUAGUCAGGAACAGCAUUCACGACCCAUGAAGGAGGGGUCCAUAACUCAGGGCACACCACUUAAGUAUGAUGGCAGUUCAUCUCCGAGUUGUAAAAAGCACGAUGUCAGGUCUAUCAUUAACAGUCCUUGCAGAGCUUUCCACCCAGUGCAUCCCAUGGAUGUCAUGCAGGAUCCUCGAACGUUGGAACGUGCUCGCUUUGAUGAGAAUUUGAAGAAUCGACACAGUCCUGUAGUCUGCCCAACAGGGUCCAUUACACGAGGAGCUCCUAUAAUUGUGCCUGAACCAGGAAAGUCUCAUCACAGUCCGCUCUCUUAUGAGGAUCACCAAGCAGCACGCAGGGCAGCAGGCUUCAGCGGAUCUUUGCAUAAAAGUUCUCCUGCAUCUACAAGGGAAAGUACACCGAGGCAGCAUGAAGGCAGUAUCACUACUGGCAAAUCUGCCUCCCAGGAGAGAAAGGGUACCCCCACACCAAGAGAAGUGCCCAGUUCUAAAUCCCCUCUUAAUGUAGCAUCAGACCCUCACCUUCCUGCUGCCCACUAUGAACAGUUACUAAGGACUGUAGGUGUCAAUCCAGCUGAUUUGUAUCGAGGGCCCAUUCCACUAGCGUUUGACCCAAGUGCAUUUCCAAGGGGAAUACCAUUGGAAGCAGCUGCCUAUUAUUUGCCUCGAUACCUCCAUCCUAAUCCUUCGUAUGGAUCCCUGUAUCACCCAUAUCUUAUCCGUGGAUACCCUGACAGUGCUGCUAUGGAGAACAGACAGACAAUCAUUAAUGAUUACAUCACAUCCCAGCAGAUGCAUCACAACACAGCAACAGCCAUCGCUCAGAGAGACCUUCUAAGAGAGCAGACACUGGCACAUGGCUAUGCAGCAAACGGAGCUCACAGAGGUAUAAUUGACUUAUCCCAAGUGCCACAUUUACCUGUCCUCGUACCUUCAAGUGCCACAAGUCCUGCAUCUUCGAUAGAUCGUAUUACGUAUAUACAAGCACCUCCCACAUCCUUCAGUAAUCGAACGUGCAGUAGCUCCCCUCUCUCUCCAGCUGUUUCAAAGCAAUCAGGGAGUUCUGUGGAAAGGGAUCGGGAGCGCGAAAGAGACAAGCCGGCAGCCACUGUUGAGCACGCACCAAUAUGGCGACCAGGUACAGAACAAAGCAUCAGUCGUUCCACAUCGCAUUCUAAAAGCCAUCAGUUGUCACCAGUGUCACCGAGGACGCAGGAUGGUGGCCAGCAGCGCCCCAGUGUACUUCACAACACUGGAGCAAAAGUUACCACGUCUUCUGCAGAAACACCACCGUCAGUUUUGAGGUGUACUUCAUCAGCAGUGUCACCUGGAAGAUCAUCAAUAUUUACCUCCACAAUGCAGCGGACUGGGAGUGGAAUGGAGUCGUACCACUGCACGACUGACCCUGUUACUUUACAGGGGAAAGGCAUGCCACUUAUACGGGACUUCAAGGCAGAGCGUCCUAGAACUGACAAUGCUUUCAUGCCAAAGCUUCCAGGUGGGGUAGCUGGAGACAUUGGAGCUUCGCCUGCCAAAACUAUGGACCAUAAAACAAUGCCAUCACCAGCACCAAGUCCUGCUCACCACAGUAGCUCUGGACAGGGGAAGAUCCACCGUUACCAGUUCCUGGAUUUGCCAGCAACUUCAGCCAGUGAACAUCACAGUAGAGAAAAGAAUCUUAGCAAACCCAUUUCUGUGCAGGAACAGGAACUUCGAGCACUCGGUAAGACUACCAUGACAGCGGCCAACUUCAUAGAGUCUAUUAUCAUGCGUCAAAUUUCAUGCGAUAAAGGGAAGCUAGAAAGAGGCCCUCUAAAUACCGACUCUGCUAGUCAUGUAGGCCCUCCUGGUGGGUACAACUGCAACAGUUCUGAUGGUGUUGAAACAGUAAGUCCGUCAAGUUCUCCUCAUCUGUCUCGUGAUAAGGGGAUGAAGCACCUCCUAGAGUCAGACAAAGGGCCAAGUGAUCAAGACCAAAGGCGAAAGCUACAAGUAUCACAAAAGGUUCCAACUUCUGAAGCAGCUCAGUUGCAGCAUUUCCGUAAAGCACCUGAUGGUCACCAGUCACCAAGCCCACAAGUACCACUGUCUCCAUAUCACACAGGUCACCAGCGAGUUGUCACACUGGCUCAGCAUAUUAAUGAGGUUAUAACUCAAGACUACACACGCAACCAUCCGCAGCAGCUGAACGUCCCUCCUCAGACACAGGUGUACCAGUUUGCAGGCCACACCUGCCCAAUACUGGAUCUACGUCGAACCCCAAGCGAGGGACAUGUUUUUCAGCAGGAAAAUAACCAGAAUGUCAGGCUUUCCCCCGACAAAGAUGAGAAAAGACAAACAAGGUCUCCAGAAAGAAACAAAGCAUCUCCGCGAGGUAUAGCAGAAGGUAGCGUUGAGCCUGUAUCACCAGUGGACAGAACAGCAGAGUCAGAACAAAACAAAGCUGCUGUAUUCGCCAUGAUUUGCAGGGAUGGAGAGCAGGGAGAUCAAAGGAUGUGUUCACGGUCUCCAGGAAAUGGUUGCCAGCCCCCUGCAUUUUUCACUAAACUUACAGAGAACAACUCUGCCAUUGUGAAAUCAAAAAAGCAGGAAAUGCACAAGAAGCUAAGCACAACCAGUGGAAGUGAGCCCGAAUACUAUAUUGCACAGCCUGGGACAGAAAUAUUCCACAUGUCUGCUACAACAGGGCCCGUCAAUUCUAGAAGCCAGUCUGGUCUGGAAAAUCUCAGUACCAACAUGGGGUUGGAGGCAAUUAUUAGGAAGGCCCUUAUGGGUAAAUAUGAACAGUGGGAAGAGCACUCACCUCCCAGUGCCAAUGCUAUUAACUCUUUGAAUGCCAUUGCAAGUGUACCUGCUGCUAUCCCCAUAUCUGCCACUGAUGGACGGAAUGAUGACAUUCGCUCUUUGCCAGGAGGAGGAAAGGCAAAGGUUGCUUCCAGGUCUGGUGGCAGGAAAGCCAAGUCACCAGGUCCAGGAAUGUCGCUGGCUGAAAGACCGCCAUCUGCUUCUUCUGUCCAUUCUGAGGGAGACUGCAACAGGAAGACACCAGUGAAUAGUCACACAUGGGAAGAAAGACCAUCUUCUGCAGGUUCAACACCUUUUCCAUGCAAUCCAUUAACAAUGAGGCUACCUACGGGAUUAGUUGCUGUCACACCUCCAACAUCUGUUCCACAGGGCAGUGCCAACCCUCAGCAUCGUGCCUGGGAAAAAGAGCCAAUGCCUUUGCUUUGUUCAGACUAUGAACCUCUUUCAGACAGUGACUGAUAAAUGA